UACCUAUUCUUUUCCCUUUUAUCAAUGGCCAUAAAGUCACUGAUAGAGAAAGACAGCAUCACUAUAUAAGCCAUAAUUCCCCCUCGCAUCCUUCUCCCGUCUGAGCCAACUCCGAUAUCCUUUGUCCCCUCUCCCUCUCUUCUCUUCUCUUCUCCAUUGAAGCAGAGGAGACCCAGGAACAGCGAAGAACAGAGGAGCCAUGUGCGGAGGCGCCAUCAUCUCCGACCUCGUCCCUCCUCGGAGCCAACCCCACCAUGUCGUCGCCUCCGCUGAUCUCUGGCUCGGUCCCCGCAGCGAUCCAACCCCAAAAGAGCCGAAGAAGAACGAAAGGAAGAACCUUUACCGCGGCAUCCGCCGGAGGCCGUGGGGGAAGUGGGCAGCUGAGAUCCGUGACCCGGCGAAGGGUGUCCGGGUGUGGCUGGGAACUUUCAGCACCCCCGAGGAGGCCGCUCGGGCCUACGACCGGGAGGCUCGCCGGAUCCGGGGCAGCAAGGCCAAGGUCAACUUCCCCAACGAGGAUCCCUCGCCGGCGCCGGCCAAGGCCGCACGCCAGCACCGCUAUCGCCCUUACUGUGGCGGCGACAGCGGGUCUUAUUCCGCCACCGGUGGGGAAGCCGGGAGGCUGAGGGAGGAGGCCAUGGUCUACGGGUCGUGUGCGGAUCUCUUUGAGGUGCCGUCCAUGGAGGGGAGCGCGGCGGCGACGGCGGUGGCGGCUCCGCCGCAGCCCGGUGCAACUGUUGGCGGUCAGAAGGGCGGUCCUGCUUCCAAUGAGGAGCUGUUCUGGAAUUUUGAGGACAUUCUCUUCUAAGCUCAAUCUCUCUCCCCCUCUCUGUCUUUUUGUCUCUCCCUGUUUCUCUCUUCCUUAUGCUUGUAUUUUGAUAUUUUUCAUUCUUUCCUUUUAUUAAGGUUUACUUAGGUUGGAUAAUAUAAAAACUUAAGUAGUGGUGUUGGUGACGUACCAGCUUUAGUGUAUUUAUUUCUUCUUUUCAGUUUGUUUCGUGUCAUGUUGCUGUGAUCUUUCAACAUUUGGUUAUGAAAUAUGGAGUCGUGUUUGUGAUCUUAUUGUAU